AUGCAGCGCGUCUCUGCUUUCCUCCCGUCCUGGGAAAAGAGGAACUCGGGCACGAAGCCGGGCACGAAGCCGGGCGCCCUCUUCGGUUGGGGUCAGAGAAACAGCGCCCCUGGGUCCAAACCUUCGAAGAUCAAUGUCGCCGUCGCCAAUGGCGGCCGGAUCGAGCGCGAGACCUUCUGGCCCGCGAGCCUCGAUCUCGAGUGCGACAAGGCCGCCCGCAUCCUCAAGUCGUUUUGCACCGACGGAUACUUGGCGCCUGUAGACGGAGAAGCGGAACCGUCGACGUCAUCCAGCGAUACGCCCGCGACGCCCGAGUUUCUCACCAAGAAGAUCCCUAAGCGAAUAAUACAGAAUGCCGCCGGAAUCGCCGUCUUCACGUGCAUGCGCAGCGGCCUGUGGAUGACGGGCUCCGGCGGCUCCGGCAUCCUCAUCGCCAGAAAGUCGGACGGGACGUGGUCGCCCCCCUCGGGCAUCCUGCUGCACACGCCCACUCUCAGCUUCAUCAUUGGCGUCGACAUUUACGAUUGCGUGCUGGUCAUCAACAACCUCGCGGCCCUCGAGUCCAUCACCCGCCCGCGGGUCACCCUCGGCGAGGAUGUCGGGCUCACCAACGGUCCCUCGGUGACACUCGACUCUGACGAGGCCCACAUCAAGUGGAAGGAACUUGGCAACACCGUGCUGGCAUACAUGAAGGCGCGCGGCCAGCACCAGGCCGUCAACCUGAACGGCUGCAUUCUCACGGAGCGCACCAACGAGAAUGAGCGCUUUUACGGCAGCAGCGUCACGCAAAUGGACGUUCUCGCUGGAAACGUUGCCCGUCACGUCGACGAAACCAAGCCUCUCUUCGAGGUCAUCAAGAUGGCCGAGGGCAGGACAGACUAUGAGCCGGCUGUCAUUGAGCAGAUGGCUGUCCAACCUGCGCCCGGCGACGCCGUCAUCGCCACCCCUGGCUCUACCCCGGCAUCUCCGCGCGGAGCUUUCGGCGUGCCUAGGGCCGACGACCCUGACCCGUUCGGCGUGCUCGCUCUCGAGAUGGCAGGGCUGGAGAUUCGAGAGGCUGGAAGUCGCCUGCGGCCUUCCAGCAGCCAGUUCGAGUUCAACCCGACGCCGCUGAGCCCCGCCAUGUCCAAGUUCAGCCGCCAAAGCGUUGAAACCUUUACCACCCGAAGCAAUCGGGCUAGCGGAAUGUCCUCCCGGACUGUCAAAAGUCAAGUCACAGACGCAUACACACAGACCGAUACUGCGAACACCCCUGACACGACGCCGAGUCCCGGCCAGAGCGACGACGGCCAGGCGCGGGGUUCGAUUGACCGUAUGCCGGAAGUCAAGGAGCAUGAGGAGGUCGAUUACACCAGAGUCGAUCUGGCGCCUCUGCGCCAACUCAGCCAGGAACACUCCAUCGGCGCCGUUCUUGCAGCCGACGCGGCCACAACACCGCGAGAGAGCAUUGGCAGCGCCCCAUCUGCGCCAGUCGUUGAAGCCCCGGAGGUGGAGAAGGCGGAGAAGGCAGCCAAGGCGUCGAAUGUUGAUGAAGACGAACAAGGAACCGAGGAGGAGACGAAUGACGCAGAUGAUGAAGACGACUUGGACGAGGAUGAGGAGCCGGUCGUUUUUGAGGUGGCAGCGGUCCAGCCUGCGCGGACCCAAGCGAUCGCCUCGCGGGUCAUCCAUGCAAAGGGCAGCGUGGUGACCAUCCCGAAGCGCGUGCCUCCGCCGUUGCCUAUGCGCAGCGCCCUGAGGAGCUCUCGAUCGAGCAAGAGCGAUAUGGGUGGAGACGUCUCCAGCGUCAAGAGCCCCUUGCGGCAAGCCUUCAGCGAGACAGACUUGCAUGCUGAGGAGGACGCGGAGCAAGACGUCCCCGAGGUAGCAAGCAUCGGCAAGACGAUCAGCGAAGACGGUCACGUCGAGAAGCCGCUCAAGGACGCACAAGCUCUACCCGUCAUCGAGGUCCAGACCGAACAGCCGGCGUUCAUUGUGCCCAGCGGGGACGAUACCGUGACGGAGGACACUCAGACUGAGAAGACUCCGACUCUGGAGGCGUCGCCCGGAGCAUUGGAUUCGGAGGCGACGUUGCCCCAGUCCACGGCGUCGACAGAAGCCGAAGCUGCGACACACGAAAGCAGCGAUGCGGAAUUUACCGACGCAAUCGAAGCGACAACUGGAGCCGAUGAGGCCGAAGGCCAAAUUGACCAAAUUGACAACUCGGACUCGACAACAAACAAAAAGCACACAUCAUCCAUUUACACAGGCGCGACGGAAGACCGCUGGAGCAACGAUGGGUCAUCGCUGACAACACCAACGUCAGAGCGGCCGCAUUCGAUGGCGGAGGAUGAGGCGCACGAAGAAAUUACACCAAAGAAGUCAGGCCAAGAAACUGACACGGACGUGUCCGACGAGAAGCAUGCACACGGUGCCGAGCGCGAGGAGCCAGUCGCAAAGAGUGCGACAGCUGCGUGA